AUGUUAGAACUCAAAGGAGCUGAAGAUACAUAUUAUCUUCCACCUCCAGAUCAGGUACUUCCCAGUAAAUCGAUGAGAUACCAUCUUUUCAAAUUCGACGACAAAGUGGGGACCGAAAACGAGGUUCCUCUCAUUAAUGGAAGAUCAUUUCUCGUAGUUGGAAGGGACCCGGAUUUGGCUGAUAUCGUCAUAGAUAUAGAUACAGAAGACGGAGGUCUAGUUAGCAAGAGACAUGCAGUUUUCCAAUUUAGGAAACCGUCUUCAGUUGAAGACUCUUCUAUUAAAUUAUAUUUAUUAGAUCUUGGGUCUACAAAUGGCACCUUUUUGAAUGGAAAUAAUGUGGAACUUCCCAAGAGAAGAUAUAUAGAGAUGAAAGGUCACGAUAGGUUGAAAUUCGGGGACCCUGAAAGUGAUACAGAAUUCGUUAUAGUGGAAGAAGAAUGA